GCUCUUGUUAAAAUACGUGGAUGUAUUAAACCUCGGUGGCUGACCGCUAACAGUGAUUUUGCAAUGGCUUUCCUCAAGUGCGAACGUCGAUUUCCCCGCUGGUGUCCGAACGUAUGGCUGUGCAUUACCUUGAUGUUGACCUGGGCGCAGCACACCAAGUGUCUCGAUCGCUCCUUGGAAAGGAGAAUUGUGUAUCCGCUCUUCCUGGAAGGAAGGUCGGAGAGUGGUGCAAGAAUAUUGAAGCUGGACGAUGGACUCACUUUACACCUUGAACAAAGAUCUGCUUUCGACGACAAACUACUCAUCAGAACAGCGGGAGAAGAUAAUACCUUCGUCGAAAAGUUUAUGGAUGCGUCAGAGUUCAACAGCAAGCUUUUCCAAGAUCCACAGCACAUGGCUAGUGCAGUAGUGUCUGAAGAGGACGGCCUGCGUCUGAAUGGCAUCAUCGGAGAAGACAUGCUCAUUCGCCCUCUGUUGACGAUGGAACGAACUGCAGAAGGUCACGUUCCGCAUCUUCUAUACCGGGAAGAAUCCUUGAAGAAUGCAGCUGCACUAGACGACUACGUUUUCAUGCCCCGCUCAGAGGACCCCAGGUUUGAGGAUCGUCAAAUCAGAUAUGGUGAUGUCAAGGAAAUCCAGCCAGAAAUACACGUCGUCAUCGAUUCAGUAUUCUACACGGACUUUGGUAGAAAGGAAAGUGAUAUCAUUGCCUACUUCGGAGCCGUUCUAAACUCAAUAAACCUUAGGUAUGCCACCAUCAUAGACCCGAAAGUCACUGUGAAGAUUACUGGCUUCACUCUCAAUAAGUCUGUCUACGACGAGAGGUAUAUUACAACUUUUGGCGAAUACGGUGAAGAAUUUCAGCAGUAUGUCGAUAUGAAAAGCUCUUUGUACAGCUUCAGGAAUGCUUAUCGCAGGCAGCAGCCUGAUCUGUUUGCGAAGGUGGAUGCCUUCGUACUAGUCACGGGAAGGGAUAUGUGCAAAUUAGAAGAGUCGACGUCGACGUUGAGCUGUCUUGUUGCAGGAGAGGCUUAUGUAGCGGGCGCUUGCACAGAGUACCGGGCAGCCAUAGUUGAAGACAAGCCGUGGAUGUACCAUUCUGUUCGUAACAUUGCACACGAAUUGGCCCACAGCUUGGGAUGCGUUCACGAUGGCGAUGUCCCAGAAAACGGUAGAGAAAACCAUCCCGGUGCCACGGGUUGCCCGUGGUCCGAUGGCUACAUCAUGAGCUACUUACGAAACUCCACAAACCAGUUCCAGUUCUCUUCGUGUUGUGCCAGACGGAUUAAGGAUGUCGCUAACCUGCGUAGCCAUAUCUGUCUGCAUGUGAACAACACACAGAGAGAACGACCAACAACACACUACUUGCCAGGCACGAAUAUGACCUUACAUGAGUUUUGUAAAGCAUCCCUUGCUCAUAAGACUCGAGUCUACUAUUUCGACGAGAACGAACCAUACGUUGGUUGCAUGGUACCGUGCAGAACCGCUAACUACCAGGCCGGCGAAAAGCCGGUGUAUAGCACUGCGAAGGUAUUCGCCAUUGAUGGAAUACGCUGCAAUGGAGGAAACAAGGUGUGCAUACGUGGGGAAUGUAAAGCCUAUCCAUCGAAAACGUAGAGCGGAUAGACAAGCAAAGCACCGGUACAAAAAGGAAAAAAAGAAGACGAGGGCACCGAAGAAACUGAGAAUGACGCUCCUAAAUAUGUACGCGCUACGCAGUGAAUGGAAUAAAGGGUUCAAAC